AUUUGUUCUCCCAUUUCAUGAUCAGAAUUCAGAGCUCCCCCACCCACUCCUCUCUCUCUCUCUCUCUCUCUUGCAUUAUUUUUCAGCAGAAUUAUACAGAGUACAGGUCACUGAUGGGAAGCACGGUUGUACUCUGUUUCACCUUUGAUUAAUUUUGCAUCGCUGGAUCGAUUAAUAUUGUGCAGUUUGAAAAGGAAUAUUUAUAGAGAGAAAUUCAUGGAGAGCAGAGAAGAGUGGGUUGUUUUUAUUUCUUCUCUGCAAGUUCAGUGAUAGUUCACGUGAAGCUUACGCAGUAAUGUCCGUGAGUUUUGCGGGCAACGAGUCCGAGAAACAAUGCCCAAACCCCAUGAUUCUCCGUAGCUUUUUUCAAUGAAGCUCCGAUCUGUUUCACCUCAUUAUUUAAUGCUAUACGACCUCUUGGCUUUCUCUUCACUUCUCCAUAGCCAAAAAUGAAGCGCCGAAAACUGGUUCGAAAAUUUUGUUCGCGGUUUUUUGAUGAAGAUUGAUCUGAUCUAGUUUGAUUACAAUGGUGAAAAUGUACUAUUCUGGUUUGUUGUUCUGGUUAUUGGUGAUCUUGUCUGUGGCUUGUCGUCUUCCUCUGGUUCGAUCAGGCGAUGCGGAGGCACUUCUGAGGCUGAAAUCGACGAUUGAUCCGAGAAACUCUCUGCCAUGGCGAGAGAGGGAUCGAAUUCGAGUCUGCGAGUGGAAAGGAGUGAAGGAAUGCAUGUACGGGAGAGUGACGAAGCUGGUUUUGGAGUAUCAGAACUUGACGGGGGUUUUGGAGGAGAAGAUCUUGGCCGAUUUGGACCAACUCCGAGUUCUCAGCUUCAAAGGGAACUCCAUUUCAGGCCAAAUCCCUAACGUCUCGGGACUCGUCAAUCUCAAAUCGCUCUUCCUCAACGACAAUGAUUUCAGUGGUGUAUUUCCCGAUUCCGUGUCGGAGCUCCACCGGUUGAAGGUCGUCAUUCUGGCCGACAACCGAAUCUCCGGCCAGAUUCCGCCGUCGCUGCUGAAGCUCCGGCGACUCUACGUCCUCGAUUUGCACAACAAUCUGUUGACAGGUCCGAUUCCUUCGCUGAACCAAACGAGUCUCCGAUUCUUCAAUGUCUCGAACAACCGGCUCUCCGGCGAGAUUCCGGUGACUCCUCCUCUGGUCCGAUUCAACUCCUCGUCGUUCGCCGGAAACCUUGGCCUAUGCGGCGAACAGGUUCUGAAUCCAUGCAACAGUAUCGCGAUUCCACCAUCGCUGAGUCCAAUCUCUCCUGUAAUACCUUCCUCGAGAAAGUCCUCGAAUCGGACCAGACUGGUGAAGAUAAUCGCCGGAACCCUCGGCGGUGCGGCGGUUCUGCUAAUCUGCGUGAUUCUGCUGUGGAUGGUCUGCCGGAGCCGGCGGCGACAGUCCUCCGGCGAGGCGAAGAGCAAAGGAAUUCAUCACGCAGAGGGAGUGGCGGCGGAAAGAACCGGAGGGGGAGACGAGGGCGGAACCGGAGGGAACAACGAUGGCAGGAGAGGUAAUAACGGCGGAAAACAGGGUGGGUUUUCUUGGGAGGGUGAGGGUAUAGGGAGUUUGGUGUUCUGCGGAGCAGGGGAUCAGCAGAUGAAUUACAGCUUAGAGGAUUUACUAAAAGCGUCAGCUGAGACACUGGGGAGGGGUAGUAUUGGAAGUACAUAUAAGGCUGUCAUGGAGAGCGGGUUUAUAGUAACGGUGAAACGAUUGAAGGACGCCAAAUACCCAGGAAUAGAUGAGUUUGGGAGACAGAUGGACGCUCUUGGUAGGUUGAGACAUCCAAAUCUGGUCCCACUCAGGGCAUAUUUCCAGGCUAAGGAGGAACGCCUGCUCGUAUACGAUUAUUUCCCCAACGGCAGUCUCUUCUCUCUUAUUCAUGGUUCAAGAACUUCAGGAGGUGGAAAACCUCUCCACUGGACAUCCUGUCUUAAAAUAGCUGAAGAUUUAGCGAGUGGUUUGCUCUAUAUCCACCAGAACUCUGGCUUAACUCAUGGAAACCUGAAAUCCUCUAAUGUAUUGUUAGGUUCAGAUUUUGAGUCCUGCCUAACAGAUUAUGGUCUCACUUCAUUUCGAGAUCCCGAUUCACUUGAAGAACCUAGUGCAACUUCUCUCUUCUACAGAGCACCCGAAUGCCGCGACAUCAGAAAACCAGCCACUCAACCAGCAGAUGUGUACAGCUUCGGCGUUCUUCUCCUGGAGCUCCUAACUGGCAAAACUCCCUUCCAAGAUCUUGUUCAGGAACAUGGUUCGGAUAUUCCAAGGUGGGUUCGAUCAGUUCGCGAAGAAGAGACUGAAUCCGGUGAUGAUCCUGCCUCGAGCAAUGAGACAUCGGAAGAGAAACUUCUGGCGCUCUUAAACAUUGCAAUGGCUUGUGUCUCACUUGUACCCGAGAACCGGCCAUCUAUGAGAGAGGUUCUAAAGAUGAUCAGAGAUACAAGGGCAGAGGCUCAAAUGUCAUCCAACAGCAGUGACCAUUCUCCAGGGAGAUGGUCAGAUACAGUUCAAAGCUUGCCUAGAGAAGAGCAUUUGAGCAUAUGAGUGGUGGUCGGUAGACAAGGCGGCCGGCUUUUAAUUUAUGUUUUCUGAUUUAUUUUUGAGUUUUCACAUUGAAGCUUGAUUCUUCUUUUAGGCAUUUGUAGAGCUCACCUGUAUAAAGGUUUUCAAGAUUCAUUGUUUUUCUUGUUUUUAGCUAGUUUUUUAGUUUUUAGAAGCGGAGGUUGGAUUGCAUUAAAUUAGUCUACCUGGUGGAAUGGAACUUUAUUUGAGCACAGGUUUCAUAUAAAUGGUGGUGGAAGGUAGGCACCUCCUAGUUGCAGUAGAUUCAUUGGUCCGAUUAUGAUGAUAUAAGCCUGGUUUUAAAACCUCUCUAUUGAAUUGUUUCCUAU